GCGGGGCUCGGCUCCCGGCGGCGGGGGCGUCCCGGCCUGUGCUCGUCGUGCCCCGGCCCAUGUCCCGGCCCCCGGCGCCGACCGGCUCCCCGCGCCGCUUCGGGGCGCUCAGCACCGCGCAGCUCCGCGCCCUGCUGCAGGACGAGCUCCGGCUGCAGCGCGCCGCCCGCCUCAGCAGGAAGUUUCAGAGUCUGCAGCUGGAGCGGGAGAUGUGUUUGGCUUCAAACUGCGCCCUGGCCAGGGUGAACCUCUCCCUGCGCCCGCGGCUGGAGGAUGGGAAGGCUUCCCUAGCCAUCAAGUAUCAGGAGCUGCAGGAGAUAAGAGAGGCGUGUUGGGAGAAGCAGCAGUGCCUGGCCCCAUCCCUUCCCAACACAGAAGCGUACCUGAAGAAGUGGAGCCCACAGAGUGCCCUGGGCCAGCUCCAAGCCAAGCUCGAUGCCUCUGAGGCAGAGUCGGAGACACAGGUAGAGCGGUUCCUGGCCCAGGAUCUGCCCCUCGAUUCCUUUCUGGAGUCCUUCCACCAGAGCCGCACACGCUCCCACAUCUGCCAGACGCAGCUGGAGAAACUGCAGGAGCUGCUGCGGAAGGACCAGGCGGGCAGGGACGCUGUGGGCCUCGUGGGGCGCCCAGGUGCCCUGACUAGCCUGGCACCAGCCCGUCUUGCCCCGCUGCGGAGUGGAGUAGCCCCCAAAGCCUUCGAUCUCUCUUACGGCUUUGUGCCCACCUUUCUCAUCCCCUUGGAGGCCGUUGUGCCCUUUGCCAUGCCAGCUGUGCCUCCCAGAAGCCAUCUCCCAGCCCUGGAACACCAGCCAGCAUCUCCCUGCUCUGAAAUCUCCAGCCCAGUCUCACCCCUGCACCUCGUCAGACACGUCCCUUUGCUCAGCCCCCAGCCCUUCUGCAGGCAGCAGCAACUGCAAGACCAGAAGCAGGAGCCUCCACACCGUUAGCAGGGCAGGGACAGGGGAUGUCCCCCCCAUGCCUCCACAGGGGCUGUGCAGGAACACCCUGGCCAGGGAGCAUGUGGGGUGGGCGUGUGGUGUAGACACAGCUCUGAGGGGCUGUGGUGUCUGUUGAGCAGGCACAGGGGUGGGUGCUUACAAGGGAUGGAAGUUCUUGGCUGGGGCUGGGGUGGGCUGGGCGCUGUGGCUGGGUAGUGGGUCUUGCCCUUGGGGAGCUGCCAGGGGGGAGGUGUCUGCAUCCACAGCAAGAGGAACAGUGAUGGGAGGUGGGGGGAGGGUGGG